AUGCAUUUUAUUAAUGCUUGCUCUGUCAUCUUCAGUUCACUUCUCGCUACUGGCUCCCGGGCCUGGUUGCCUGGUGAGCACCACCAAAUUCUUUCUCAAGACGGUGUCAAUCUGUUCAGCCGCGGUAGCCUUCACCAGGCAGGACUGUUGACGAAAAGAUACCUCCCCAACAACUACGGAAACGACAAGAACUCCAUCCGCGGGAUUAAUCUGGGGUCCCUUUUCAUUAUCGAGAACUGGUUAGCCAACGACGUCUUCGCUAGCUGGGGGUGCAAUUCGACUUCAGAAUUUGACUGCGUCUCGUCUUUGCAUGACCAAGACAAAGCGAACCGCCUCUUUCAAAAUCACUGGCGGUCAUGGAUCACUGAAGAAGAUUUUCGACAAAUGGUAUCGUACGGCUUGAAUACGGUCCGGAUCCCGGUCGGCUAUUGGUUUCUCGAAAGUAUAGUUGAUGAUAAAAGCGAGCACUUUGCCCAAGGAGGAGAACCGUACCUCGAUCGAGUUGUCGGCUGGGCCAAAGAUGCCGGUCUCUACGUAAUUAUCAGCCUACAUGGAGCCCCCGGCGCUCAAGUAACCGACCCAUUUACUGGUCAGCUGAACUCAGAUCCCGGGUUUUACCACGAGUAUAACUACGAUCGGGCUUAUCGUUGGCUAGAGUGGAUAACGGACAAGAUCCACACCAAUCCCGCAUAUUCGACUGUCGGUAUGUUGGAGUUGGUCAAUGAACCCGAACGCAUCAAGAGCACCGCCAAAUACCCCGACGCAUGGGCGAAUUCGCACAGUAUGCGGCAGACAUAUUACCCAACAGCGUGGUCCAGAAUUCGAGCCAAAGAGUCCACUCUUAAUGUGACUUCCGACGCACAACUGUCCAUUAUGAUGAUGGAUGAAAAAUGGGGAUCAGGCGAUCCGAAUCAAUAUUUGCCUCGUAAUCCCCACCUUGCCGCUUACGAUGACCAUGCUUAUAUCAAGUACGCCGGCGUGGCCGAGAACAAAGAUGCCUAUCUUCAAUUCUCCUGCAACUACAGCAGAUCCGGUGACAGCAACCCAAUCGUGGUCGGAGAGUGGUCGCUCUCGGUUGCGACCAAUAUCGAGUCGACCGGGAACUGGGAUCCGACUAGGGACGAGAACAAGGACUUUUACCGCAAAUACUGGGCCUCCCAGGUCAUGUCUUAUGAGACUGCUGCGCAAGGCUGGGUCUUCUGGACGUGGAAAACGACAGGAACGCUCAACGACCCGCGUUGGGAUUAUCAGAAGGCCGUUGCUGCCGGGAUCAUCGACACAAAUAUCGAUAACGCAUAUAGCCUGGACAUUUGCAGGAAGGAAAAUGAGGACAGCGGCUCGAGCAGCAGGAAUGGAGCUUCGAUCAUGUUGACAUUUGUCACAGCUAUUAUUUUAGUGAUCUCGUUUUGCAUUCAUUGA